UUGGGGAAGAAAGAAUCAUAUAAUCCGUGAAAACAAUGAAGGGACGCAACGCAGGGCUCUUUGAUUCCUUCCGAUUCGGACAACAAAACAGAUCAAACCCAAAAUUGACUUUGAAUUGAAAGAAGAAUUACAUUCACCAAUCAGGACCAACAACAUCACUGCUGGAUUAUUGUUAUUGGUAUGCCUUAAUUCAUCGAGAUUCGUCACAAAUAUAAGUCAACAGCAACAACAAUCAUCAGGUUUAAUGUCUUCAUCCCGCCGGAGAUAUCACCGCCGGCGUUUUUAGAUUCUGCAACGGUCGGUCAGUGUUCUUCUUUCAAAUCUCCUUCCGUGUUUCUUCUUUCCACAACGACAUGAACUCUUCAUCAUCGAAUUCGAAUCAUGCGUUUCGGAAUUCGAACGAAACAAAUACCAUUUUAGGGUUUAAUUCGUCGCCUAGAGCGGCUUCUAGGAAUCCGGGGGGAACCGCUGCGGCUGGUUCGGGUUCAAAUCUUUCACGGCCACGGCUUUUGAAGAUGAGAAGGCAAGCUUCUCAUAACCCUAGGUCUAAUACUACCCCCGGCAGCCGCCGUGCGGAAGAGGCUGACGCCCCUCUAGGGUUUAACCCAUUUCGGACUGAAUCUGAAUCGGUGUUUGGCAAUUCGAGCUCCGCGAAUGUUCCAAAGAAGUCGUUCUCAUUUGGAGCAGGUAGUAGAAAUAAUCCCAACUGGAAUUUGGGUUCCCAAGGGGGAGUUUCUAGUGCUGUUCUUGAUGACAUGAGGAAAUCAAAAACUGAUGGUGAUAAUAGUUUCAAUGCCACUGGGGGCAAUGCUGCAUUUAACUUUAAGGUGUUUGAAAGUGAGAAUAAGAAGAAUUUUGAUGAAUCUAUGGUUGAUCAACUGCCAAAAGAAAUUAACAAAUUGAACAUUGGAGGUUCGAGUAAUCUAGGAAGUUCGAAGAACCUUCAUGAUGUGAAUCCGAUGAAGAGCCGGUUUACCAAUUCGUUUCAUAACAAUGUGGAGGCAGAACUACAACAUGAGAUGCAUAAAAUGAAUCUGGGAAACCCGGGAAAUGUUGAGUGGGGUAACGAUAAUUUGAAAAGCUUUGUAUUUGGAAAGAACAGUAAGAUGGGCGAACAUUUGCCACGGAGAUCAGAGCCUAUAACUCCUGGCAAGCAGCAAGAUGAAGAAAAGGUUAAGGCUGAUCUAAUAUCGGAUAAGAUGGGGGAGCUGAAAGUAAGUGGUGGGGGAGAUGAUAAUUCGAAAAGCUUUGUAUUUGGAAAGAACAGUGCGACUGGUGGUGGUUUUCUGGGGCGAUCAGAGCCUGCAAGUCUUGGUAAGCAGCGUAAUGAAGAAGAUGUCAAGGCUGAUUUAAUAUCGGACAGGAUGCGAGAGUUGAAAGUAGGUGGAGCUGGAGAAACAUCUGUUUUUUCUACGGUUUUUAAUGAUAAGAUGCAGAGUGGCACAUUUAUGGGAAAGAAUUUUAGUUUUGAUCAUAGGAAUGUUGAACCAAAAGUAUAUGAAACCCCAUCAUCUACCCAUUUCGGACCAUUUGGGAAUUCUCCGCAUACAAGUAGAUCCGAAAGAAAUGCUGAAUAUACUUUUGGUAGCAAAAUGGAUAAUUUGGGGACUCCAAGUUUAGAAUUGAAAACACCAAAGGGAGACUUGUUUUCUGGUGUGAAAAGCAUACCUGAAGCAAAGAAGGAAUCUUUUAAAGACUCGAGGCCAAAGAAAAAGAAAGGAAAGCUGAGAAAGCCCGUUUUUGGUCAACUGCGGCCUAAGCAAGACUUUGUGUUUAAUCAAAGAAGUUCGCUUGAAAUUCCCGAGAGUUUUGAAGCAUGCUCACCAAUGGAUGUUUCUCCAUAUCACGAACCACAGGCUGAUAAUUAUUCUAGAGGAACUUCUGUGACGUCAGAUGAUACUUCACUAAUGAAUGACCACAACAGUAUGUCAAGUGAAUCACAUGUGAAUAACUCAAAUGCCACAACAGAUGAAGACCUGCUUGUUGCCACACAACGGUUGGAUGUUAACGACGUUGAUGUCAAAUGCGCUAUAGUAAAAGAGGAAGUUUCCGGGGCCGAAAGCUUUAGGUCUGCAACUGAAAACAUGGAAUAUAGUAGUGAUAGUUUUGCUACAGCCGAUUCUGAAAUGAGUUCCACCGCUACCUCUGGCAGGCAAGAAAAAGAGGGCACCCGGCUAUUUAAAUUUGGUUCAAAAUUGGAAAAUAUAAGCAAAGAAAACUUCACUUUUGCUGCAUCUUCGUCCAGUCAAGUUCUACUAUCACCAGACAUACGUCAACAUAAAAAGAAACAUCGGCUGAAAACUGGUCAAGAUUCUUACAGUUCAACAUCAGAUGCAAAAAACACAUAUGCAUCUUCUUCUGCUUCGGAGUUUUUCCCCAUUUCUGGUAAUUCUUCGAUUUUGUCUCCUGGGAAGACCCAAAAAGCUGAUGUAUCUAAAUUAUCAAGUAAAAGUGAAGAUAAUUUUAAGCCGAUAAAUGAACAAGAUUCAAAGCAAAAUUUGCCGGAGGUAUCGCCCUCCUUCCAAGAUUCAAAGCAUGGAACUUUCUCAACUGCAUCAGCCAGCAUUGCUGCAGAGGAAACGUGCGAGAAAUGGCGGUUGAGGGGAAACCAAGCUUACGCUAGUGGGGAUCUAGCUAAAGCGGAUGAUUAUUACACACAGGGGUUGAACUCUGUUUCUCAAACUGAGAAAUCUAAAAGUUGUCUUAGGGCUCUGAUGCUAUGCUAUAGCAACCGUGCAGCAACUAGGAUCGCUCUUGGAAGGAUGAGGGAAGCAUUAAAUGAUUGUCUGAUGGCUGCAGCAAUAGAUCCCAACUUUCUCAAGGUUCAAGUUCGUGCUGCACAUUGUUAUCUUGCUAUUGGAGAAGUUGAAAAUGCAAGCCUUCAGUAUAUGAAGUGCUUGCAGUCAGGGAAUGAUGUCUGUGUGGACAGAAAAUUGUUAGUUGAGGCCUCCGAGGGUCUAGAAAAGGCACAGAUAGUGGCAGAGUGCAUGAAGCAAUAUACAGAACUUCCUCGAAGAACAUCCGAUGACUUAGAAUGUGCAUUGAGAGUUAUUGAUAAAGCUUUGCAGAUAAGCAGUUAUUCGGAGCAACUGCUUCAAAUGAAAGCAGAUAUCUUACUGAUGUUACGGAGGUAUGAGCAGGCUAUUCAAAUGUGUGAGCAAACUCUGAGUUCUGCUGAGAUGGACACACCCAGAAGCUCUAGCUCUUGGAGACCAAGCCUGAUUGUUAAAUCCUAUUUUUAUUUAGGAAGGCUAGAGGAAGCUCUUGAGUUUAUUAAAAAGCAAGAAAGUUCUGGGCAUAUUACAGAAAGGUUAGGAAGCAUGAGUUUGGAGUCGUUGAUACCUUUAGCUGAAACAGUACGUGAGCUUUUAUCUCGCAAGGCAGCAGGAAAUGAAGCAUAUAAAUCAGGAAAGUAUGCAGAAGCCGUUGAACAUUACACUGCCGCCUUAUCGUGCAGCGUUGAAUCUCGCCCUUUUGCGGCGAUAUGUUUUUGCAACCGUGCUGCAGCAUACAGAGCUUUGGGUCAAAUCGCAGAUGCCAUUGCCGAUUGCAGUCUAGCUAUAGCUCUUGAUCCAACCUAUCUUAAGGCACUUUCGAGACGAGCCAGCUAUUAUGAGAUGAUUAGAGACUACGGUCAAGCAGCUAUAGAUCUUCGGAGAUUGGUGUCUCUUCUCACGUCACAAAUAGAAGAAAAGGGUAUUCUUUCUGGAGUAUUGGAUAAAUCAAGUGGUAUGAAUGAGCUAAGGCAAACUCAGCUUCGGCUCUAUAACAUUGAAGAAGAAUCCCGAAAAGAAAUUCCCUUAAAUAUGUACCUCAUAUUGGGAGUUGAACCAAAUGCUGCUGCAUCGGAAGUCAAAAAGGCAUAUCGGAAAGCUGCACUGAAACAUCAUCCUGAUAAGGCUGCCCUAUCGCUGAGUAGAAGUGAUAACGGAGAUGAUGGAUUAUGGAAGGAAAUAGCUGAAAAUGUUUACAAAGAUGCUGAUAGGCUUUUCAAAAUGAUCGGAGAGGCGUAUGCUGUGCUUUCAAACCCUUCCAAGAGGUCACGAUAUGAUGUGGAUGAAGAGAUGAGGAACGAAGCUAACAGAUUUACUAGAAGCAACUCGGGAAGAUUCGCUACAGAUGUCCAAACCCCAGUAUUCGAGCGAAGUGGGAGCAGACGGUCUCAAGAUUCUUGGAGACCAUAUGUGUAUACCCAAGAAAAGACCACCUCAUCCAAUAGGUAUUCUUCAAGGUACCCUUGAUUAGGAUGCAGUUUGUCGUCAAAAUUUCUGAGUGCCGACAGUUGCACGGGAGCAUAAAAACGUGCAAUGACCAAGCAACUUAAUAUACAUGUGGACCAAAAGUAUGUUCGUUUUGAAGUCAUACGAGCACCUCAGAAAGAAUACAAUCAUAAAAGCAGUGUGUACAAGCGGUGAUGUGAUUGAGAAUAGCGAUUGACGACGUAAAACGGGUCGAACGAUUUGCGCGUUUUACGGAGGUUGGAUUUGUUGUAUGAGUGAUAUGUGGAAGGUUUUUGUAUACAUGUUUUUCAUUUGCAGGUUUCA